CAAACUCCUCGUGAUUUCUUCUUCCCAGCUUUUCCUUUUUUUUCUUCUUUUUCUGUGGACGUUUUACACUGAGGUCAAGGAAAAGUGAUUAAGACUAGGAGUUAGGAGGUAACCGGUAAGUUUUGGACUAUUUGACGCCAGCCAGUCGUUAUUUUUGAGCGAUAGAAUGGCGCAAAAAGGAGUUCAGCUGGACCGGGAGACCUUCUCUUGUUGCAUCUGUCUGGAUCUCCUGAAGGAUCCGGUGACUAUUCCCUGUGGACACAGCUACUGCAUGAACUGUAUUAAAACCCACUGGAAUAAAGAGGAUGUAAAGAAACUGUACAGCUGCCCUCAGUGUAGGCAGGACUUCACACCGAGGCCUGUCCUGGGGAAGAGCACCAUGUUGGCAGAUUUAGUGGAGGAGCUGAAGAAGACUGGACUCCAAGCUGCUCCUGCUGAUCACUGCUAUGCUGGACCUGAAGAUGUGGCCUGUGAUGUCUGCACUGGGAAGAGACUGAAGGCCUUUAAGUCCUGUCUGGUAUGUCUGGCUUCUUACUGUAAGAAACAUCUUCAGCCUCAUUAUGACUCGCCAACAUUUAAGAAACACAAGCUGGUGGACCCCUCCAACAAGCUCCAGGAGAGCAUCUGCUCUCGUCACAAUGAGGUGAUGAAGCUCUUUUGCCGUACUGAUCAGCAGUGUAUCUGUUAUCUCUGCUUCAAGUAUGAACACAAAGGCCACAACACAGUCUUAGCUGUAGCAGAAAGGACCAAGAGGCAGAAAAAGCUGGAGGGGAGUCGACUAAACAUCUACCAGAGAAUCCUGAACAGGGAGAAAGACCUGAAGCUGCUCCAUCAGGAGGUGGAGGCCAUCAACUUCUCUGCUGAUGAAACAGUGGAGCACAGUGAGAAGAGCUUCACUGAGCUGAUCCGUCUCAUGCAGAAAAGAAGAUCUGAUGUGAAGCAGCAGGUCAGAUCCCAGCAGAGAACUGAAGUGAGUGGAGUCAAAAGGCUUCAGGAGAAGCUGGAGCAGGAGAUCACUGAGCUGAAGAAGAGCGACGCUGAGCUGGAGAAGAUCUCACAGUCAGAGGAUCUCAACCAGUUUCUACUCAACUACCUCUCACUGUCACCCCUCAGUGAGUCCAGAGACUCAUCCAGCAUCGACCUCCGUCCUCUGAGAUACUUUGAGGACGUGACAGACGCCGUUUUAGAAAUCAGAGAUGAACUACUGGAAUUCAUGGAAGAGGAAUGGCCAAACGUCUCACUGGCGUUGAGAGGAGUGGACGCUUCACGAUCGUCUCCAAUGGCAGAGGUCAAGACCAAGAAAUCUAAAUCAAGGAAAAAACGUCAGCCUCGUGAUGGAAAUGGUUGGAGUCAGCAUCGAGAUGGAAAUGAUAGGAGUCAGCCUCGUGAUGGAAAUGGUUGGAGUCAGCAUCGAGAUGGAAAUGGUUGGAGUCAGCAUCGUGAUGGAAAUGAUAGGAGUCAGCCUCGUGAUGGAAAUGGUUGGAGUCAGCAUCGUGAUGGAAAUGAUAGGAGUCAGCCUCGUGAUGGAAAUGGUUGGAGUCAGCCUCGUGAUGGAAAUGGUUGCAGACAGCCUUAUUCUGAUGAAGAAGAUUGGAGUGACUGGUCCUGAGUUGUAAACCAAAGUAGACAGUCAUUUGAGGGUUAAACUGUGAAACUCAUUUAGUCUCCAUGUUUGUGUCUGAGAGCUGAUUGUUGAGGCGUUUCUUCGCUGCACUGAGAUCAGCUGUCAGUCAAACAUUCUGGCUGCUACUUCAACAUCUUCUCGAGUUGUUCUGUACAUGUUUGAGUUCCUGUAGGUGGCGCUCUUUCCAGUGUCUGUUUAUCCAUGGAGGCUCUCAUGAUGACGUUUGUUAUCAUUUUGUUGAGUUUGAUACCAUUGUAAUCUUCACCGAGCUCUAAAUGUCUGAUUUAAUAUUUCUGUUGAUGCUUUUGUACUGUUGUUUCUCUUCCGAUGCAUGUUUAUGAAGAGAGAAACUCAUCAUCUUUAACGUGGCUGAGUCUCAGGUCACACUGAUUGUGUGGAUGAAGUGAAUCUGUCCUUGGAAUCAUUGAUCAAGAGUCAUUUCACAGACUUUACUGAUGUGUGUGAGAACAAACUGAAUGUUUACAUGAUGAAUAAAUAAAUAUGAAAAAAGUA